AGAGUGAGGAGGAUUUGCUGGCCCCGGCCGCGUCGCGGCUGAGCCGCCGCAAGCGGGUGGCGGGCGCGGCCGUCGGAGUGGCCAUGGUGCUACUGCUGCUGGUGGCCAUCCCGCUGCUGGUGCACAGCUCCCGCGGGCCGGCGCACUAUGAGAUGCUGGGUCGCUGCCGCAUGGUGUGCGACCCUCACGGGCCCCGAGGCCCGGGCCCCGACGGCGCGCCCGCUUCCGUGUCCCCCUUUCCGCCGGGCGCCAAGGGAGAUGUGGGCCGGCGCGGAAAGGCAGGUCUGCGGGGGCCCCCAGGACCUCCAGGUCCCAGAGGGCCCCCUGGAGAGCCAGGCAGGCCAGGUCCCCCGGGCCCUCCCGGCCCAGGCCCUGGCGGGGUGGCGCCCCCUGCGGGCUACGUGCCUCGAAUUGCCUUCUACGCGGGCCUGCGGAGGCCUCACGAGGGUUAUGAGGUGCUACGCUUCGACGACGUGGUCACCAACGUGGGCAACGCUUAUGAGGCAGCCAGCGGCAAGUUCACCUGCCCCAUGCCGGGCGUUUAUUUCUUCGCUUAUCAUGUGCUCAUGCGCGGCGGCGAUGGCACCAGCAUGUGGGCUGACCUGAUGAAGAACGGACAGGUCCGGGCCAGCGCCAUUGCUCAGGACGCGGACCAGAACUACGACUACGCCAGCAACAGCGUCAUUCUGCACCUGGAUGUGGGCGACGAGGUCUUCAUCAAGCUGGACGGCGGGAAGGUGCACGGCGGCAACACCAACAAGUAUAGCACCUUCUCCGGCUUCAUCAUCUACCCGGACUGAGCAGGGCCCCCGCCCCGCGCCGGGCCCCCGCGCCCCGCUCGCCCCUUCGCUCCCAUCCUCACACACCU